AUGAAUGGUGGUGGUCAGAGACACUCUCUUUCAAUGUCUGUUUGCGUGUGCACACACUGGACACCAAACAACCCUGAAUUAUCCGCUGCUUGGAGGAAUUUCGCGAGAUCUUGCCCACAAGGGUGCUGCACUCGGCGGAUCGUUUUCGAGUGGCUGCUGCACCACACGCUGUGGUAUAAAUUUUUGUUUCUAAUUAUGAAUGGUGGUGGUCAGAGGCACUCUCUUUCAAUGUCUGUUUGCGUGUUCACACACUGGACGCCAAACAACCCUGAACUAUCCGCUGCUUGGAGGAAUUUCGCGAGAUCUUGCCCACAAGGGUGCUGCACUCGGCGGAUCGUUUUCGAGCGACUGCUGCACCACACGUUGUGGUCUAAAUUUUUGUUUCGAAUUAUGAAUGGUGGUGGUCAGAGACACUCUCUUUCAAUGUCUGUUUGCGUGUUCACACACUGA